GGUUUCGAGUGUCUAGACUGUGACCAAGGGAAAAAGCCUGCUAGAGCAGUUUUGAUUGAGUGGACUGAACUGCCAAAAGGAGAGGAUCCAGACUACUAUAUUGUGACGUGCCAGCAAACAGAUGCUUUCAGUCAAAAAAUUGUAAGAAACAUUUCUAAAGUUGAACAAGAGCCUGUCAGUACUACAGUUCUGCUUGAGGAAAAUAAGAAGUAUGAUAUAACAAUAGAAUCCCUAAAAAGUGGCCGAAUCUUAAGUGUAAAAUCAUUUAAGACACGUGGAAUUUCUGAAAAGUACAUAAAAACAUUUGUGACAACCACUACAGUGUCUUUUAAUUGGAGUAUGGUGACCAAAGAAUUUUCAGUUUCUGUUUCACUGAAUGAUACUUCUGAGAUCAUAAAAAGACCCAGUGGAUUCUUUGUAUGGAGAAAUUUGACACCUGCCACCUUAUAUACAUUUAAGUUUAUAUUUGAACAAUUACAUCUUGAAUUUGUGAAAGUGUCUCAGUCACUGGAUGUUCAAGCUGAAACAGGCAGCUGUUCCCGAGGGUGGGUGGCAUUCCAAAGCAGCUGCUAUCGAAUGGGUAAGGAGAGCAAGCCAUGGAAAGCAGCACAACAAAUCUGUGGAACGUCUUCACAAGAGGCACAUCUUCUUGACAUUGGGAGUGAAGAAGAAUAUGGUUUUAUGUUGUCAUAUCUCCAGAAAAUUAGUCGAAUAAUCAUGAUAUGGACAGGUCUUAAUGACUUAAGGGAAGAAGGUCAGCUCUUGUGGACAGAUGGAUCUCCUUAUCUUCUUAAAGCUGGUAUCUCAGCUUUGUCAAUGAUACCAGAAAACCAAACCGAUUGCUAUGCCCUUCAGAGAGAUCCUACUGGUCCAGAUUAUUUCUUCACAGGAUUUUUCUGCUAUGUACAGCUGCCAUAUAUUUGUGAAUAUGAAUUACCUUUGGUACCAGAAAACAUCACAUUUAGUGUGCAUGAUGUCAAGACAACUGAAGCUGUAUUUAUGUGGAGUGAUAUGGGCAUGUGGCUCAAGUCAGGUUUUGCACUUAUAAUCAAGUACUAUUUUGAUCAGUGGAAACCAUACAUUCUGAACUUACCUGCAAAUGCAACUCAAGCAAAAGUUGGGCACUUGUCUCCUGGCCUUCACUAUAGUUUUUUAUUAGCAGCAAGGAACUCAGAAGGAGCACAAUCUAUCUUAAGUCCAAUUCUGAAGGUAGAAACAAGGCCGUUGCACUCCCAAAAGUUAGAGGCUACAUAUGUUUCAUCUGCAGAAAUACAUUUAAAAUGGAGUCCUCCACAACAUUCAUCCAGUGCUUCUUUUCAUUACUACCUUGUCAACGUGUUGGAUACUGAAACCAACAUCUGGGAACAGUUACCAAUUGAAAAAAGCAAGACUUCAAUAGUCAUACGAAAUAUAAAACCUUAUCAUCAGUAUCAGGUAUAUUUGCAGAAUGUAGGAGAGAAAGGAACUCUCAGCUGCCAUGAAAAACCUAUAUUAAUCACAACAGCUGUCAGUCCACCGACAGCUGUUUAUAUUCACCCAGAGGACGUACAAGAAGAGAGUGUAAUCCUUCACUGGAAGCUGCCACAAGAGUGUCAGGAAUCCUACAUUCAAGUGAAACCUAAUGCAGACAUAGGUGAAACAAAAAAGUUUAUAUUAAGCAAUAUAGAAGAAUUUAAGAUUGAUCUCCUAAUUCCUGGAAUGGCUUAUGAAAUAGCAGCGGCAAGUGUGAAUAAUGGAACUCUGAGUGAACUGAAGACCAUUCAAUGCACUUUAAAGCCCAAACCUGUUCAAAUUGUAGUUCCUUAUGGGCAUUAUAGCAAUGCAGUGGUACUAUUUGUUCGCAUGCCUGAUAUUGGAGUAUUUGAUGGUGUUUAUGUAACAAGUAAAGAAGGACCUAAUGCAACAUUCACUUUUAAAAGUGAUGGUAAAAUAACAAUUGAAAACCUUACUGCAGGAACAGAAUAUGAUUUCUGUGUCUCCACAAAAAGUGGAAAAAUGUUGAGCUCCUGUUACCAUGUAUAUGGUGUAAAAACAUGUCUGGCAGCUCCGCUCAAUGUACGAGAAGGUGACGUUACUGACACUUCAAUACAGAUCACUUGGGAUCGGGCUGAUGGAGAUUUUGAGCAAUAUGAAGUGACAUGUACAAAUUGUGCAAGUGCUUUCAGGGUCCAGAAGGUUAAGCAAGAAACAGCAGUGUUUUCCAACCUUAGUCCUGGUAAGCUGUACAAUUUUGCAAUUCGAACAGAGAAGGAAGGUUUCAGAGAUAGUCUUUUUGUGACAAAGGAAAUAGACACAGAUAAAUUGCAGAACUUCUGGACAAAAGAUGCUUUGUGUGAUGAUUAUGAUCAUAUGUUCAAGUGGAGACCAAAGACAUGCAUAAAGGAAAAAUCUGCUGAGGUUUACUAA